AUGUGUGGAAGUCAUCGCCCAGAUCAUCAGCAAGAGGAACCAGUCCCCCCUUUCCAUCCGCACCAUCUCGAAGAAGGUCAGCGGUACAUAAAAGACGGGAAGACAAUAUUUCCAUAUCCUCCAUCCACGAAUCAUGACAACCUCCCCAUCAAUCAAGAUAUAAUCACCAUUCUCAGAAAACAAACGGGCAAAAUAGUUCUUGACUACGAUUCUGCAUUUGCCAUCAAAUCCGGGUUCGCAGUGGAGCGCAACGAGGUGGAAGCAAUGGACCUAGUGUCUACGCAUACAUCGAUUCCUUCGCCAAAAGUCAUCACCACCAAGAUCGGCCUUAGUAAUGGAAUUAUCGAUAUAACUCUUAUGCCCGGAUCAUCUCUAGAGAAGAGGUGGGAUGAGAUGAACAAGGAUACCAAAGAGUCCGUGUGCCGUCAACUCUGGACCAUGAUCUCGCAGAUACGGGAUAUCCCUCGCCCACCGGAACUAGUCGAUGGUUCUUUCCAAUGCAUGGUCGAUGGCUCUCCAACGAGAAGUCCAUUGCUUGAAGAUUUGGACCCCGGCUCACCGCAACCGCUAAUGAGUGAUUCAGACAUACGAGACCGCAUCUAUCAGCGCUAUCUAUACUUCGGGGGGCGUCUCUAUAAGGACCAGCUACCCGACAUGCUGCCUCGCGCUGAUUGUUCCGUCUUUACGCAUGGUGAUAUUGCACCUCGCAAUAUCAUGGUGGAUGAGGAGGGUCUUGUUACGGGGAUUGUCGAUUGGGAGACUGCGGGCUGGUAUCCGGAUUAUUUGGAGUAUGCGCAGAUCAUGAGGCCUGCUGUUAAGUGUGCGGAUUGGUCUGCUUGGAUGGAGAAGAUGGCGCCGAAGAAGUGGGAUAUUAAGGGGAUUAAUGCUGCGAGGAAGGUUCUCUUUUGA